AUGUUUCCUGCUGUUUCUUUUCAAAAGAAUUCUUAUGGUGCAUAUCUUAUUUAUUCUAUUAUCAUCAAUAUUUAUUCGUUCGCACACUCCUCAAUUACUACUACAACAAUGACAAGAACCCACAAAUGGUCCCACAGUGAAGAAAAGUACUUCACCCACAACGGCAACUUCAACGAGGCCCCAAACAAGGUCAAGAAGAACGGCGCUGGUAAAGGUAACUGGGGCACAGAACAAGACGAAUUGAACGAAUUGAUCGACUCCGGUGAAGCCCCAGAGUUGCUCAAUAAAGGAGGCAGCAGAAGAGGCAGUAACUCCAUGGUCAGGGAAAUGCGCUUCCAGAAAGUCAACGACAGUGCAAGAGAAGUAUUUGAAGAUGAAGAUUAG